UGGGCAGUGCCUCGCCCCCUGCUGUCCUUCGCGACGCUGCCCCGGUGUCCUCCUGCGGUCCUCGCGGGUCGGACGAUCUCCGCGCGCAGGAAUUGGGCGCCUGCUGUUUGCCGGGAGUGCGGCCGAUCGCGGGACCCCUGCGAUCUCCCCGAGGAGGUACCUUUCCUCAUUCGCAGCUCUGCAGACUCAGGCCUGGGCCAUUCUCCUGGAGGUGCAUGCCGGGACCCAGCAAUGGCCACCAGGACCCUGACGGCCGAGGACCAGUUUUCCAACAGAUGGCGGUAAAGAGUUGUGUGAAAACGGAGCCUUGUUCUCCUUUCUACCAAGGUGCUGUCCUCGACAUCCGGUUUGAUUCAGUCGUUCCAAAUCUGCCGAGUCAGAAUGUUCUAGCUUAAAGUGUGAGGCUCUUGACCCAUGACCUCUCCACCCCCAGACUUCUGACAGAAGGUGCCCCUCCACCGUGUCAAAUUGGCCCUUGCGGGAAUCAGUGACUUUCAAGGACGUGGCCGUGGACUUCACCCUGGAGGAGUGGGGCUGGCUGGGGCCUGGCCAGAGGGAGCUGUACCGGGACGUGAUGCUGGAGACCUACCAGAACCUUCUCUCACGGGGUGACGCCCCGCCCCCUGCCCUCAUCUCUGUUGUGCCCACCCGCUGCUGGACGGUGGGCCUUCCCUGGGGGUCCCCGUGGUGCCCUCUCUGCUCCUCUCGCCGGUCCCUCCCGAGUGGCCUCUGUCUGUGUCUCUGUCUCAGCGUCCCUGAGCCCCGAGUCCCCUGCUCGUCCCCACCAUCUUCCACCUGUGACCCCGCCCUCUUCUCAGGCUCCAAGAGCCCCCGAUGUACCCAGUCAACAGGCUCCAUGUUGGAAUCUUCUCCCCAAAGCGCAUACAUGCUGUUCCCCAAAGGUGCCUCGAGUCCUACACUUGUCCACCCGCCCGCGUCCUGACCCCCCGCGAGGCCCCUCACGUUCCCCACACUCACUCUGCGCUCACGUCUCCACGCUGACCUGCUCCUUCUGCUCCUCUGCUCCCCAUCUCUGGUUGGCUCCGCAUCCCCCAGAUUGGUUGGACCAGACCCCCGGGCACCAUCCUCAGCCUCCCCUGCCCUCCCUGACAGCCCCCGACUCUCUGUGCCCACAGCCCCGCCCCGCUCAGGCCUUGUCCUCUCCCCGGACCCCCCUCCAGCCUCCUUUUGGGUCUGUCUCCUUCUCGCUCCAUCUCUUCCUUCUCAAUCCCUUUCUCCGGCUCCUCUGUCCCUCCCUUUCCCUGUAAACCACGGCUGUCCCCAAGGCUGCUCCCAGGCUCCGUGAUCCACUGGGAGGACCCACUGGCCUCAGCGUGUCAUCGUCCUCACCCCCGGAUUCAUCACAGCAAAGGGACACGGAGAAGUUGGUAGAGGGAUGGGACGCACGGGGUGAAGUCGGGGAGACCAGGCCCGCUUCCAGAGUCCUCUCCCCGUGGAGUCACACAGGCCGGCCCGAUUUCCCCCACGUGGAGGUGUGACCACACAUGGGAAAUGUCAACCGGGGACACUUGUUAGAGACCCGGCACCCAGGGUUUGACAGGGGCUGGUCCCAUAGGCCCCUCUGCCUGGCACGUACCAAAAUUGCAGAUCCCCCAAAGAAAGCGGGGGCUCAGCUUAACAGGUUGGGCACAGGGAGGCCCUCUUACUGGUCAGAGAAUGCUGGAACCCUCCCGAAAUCUGGGUUCGCAGCCGCCAGCCAAGGGCCACCUUGUGGGCAGGCCCCUCCGAGGACAGCAGCCAGCCUGCCGCGUUGCCCUUUUUCUGCACAACUUGCACGUACAGAAUGAGGUCCCUCCAGUCUGUCCCCUGAGCUCCGACUUUGUGCAGCUGGUGGCCUCCAGGACCCCUCCCUGGGGAGGUCCCGGCCCCCAGACUCCCUGUGCCCACCGGGCUCUCCAUGUCCCCCCAGACCCACUCCUCCUCCGGGUCCCCCAUCUCAGGACCAUCCUCCGCCCACCCGGGCACCAGGCCAGCCCCGGGCACUGGCUCUCCCGGCCCUUCCUACCCUCGUGUCCCUGCGUUUGCCCCACUCUCCGCCUCCAGCUUCACGUGGCCUGUUUCCCUCCACGUGUGUGUGUCUCUCCUCUUAUGGGGACACCAGCCGCUGGCUUUAGGUCUCUCCGUCCCCCCGUAGGGCCUCAUCUUAACUCGUUACAUCUGCAAAGCCACUGUUUCCAAAUGAGGCCACAUUCUGAGGCUCCUGUGGACGUAAUUUGGGGGAGCCGCUGUUCAACCUACUAUAGGAAGAGGGAAAUUAGUGAUCUUGAAGACAGCGGACUGAAAAAAGUAAAAAGAAGCAGAUGAAAUUAAUUUUAGUAGUAUAUUGUUUCACCCGAUGGAUCCGAAAUACGGUCAUCUGGGCACAUGUCGAAAUCAUAACCAGUAUACAAAUUAUUACAGCGAAGAAGAUAUUUUACACUUUUUUGCAGAUUAGGUCUUUGAAAUGGGGUGUGUAUUUCACACUCAACUUGAACAGCUCAGAGUAAGAGCCUUCAACAGGGAUGGCAGGUAUGCAGUAGGUGCUCAAUAAAUGAGUCUGUUGUUGACCACUAGAACCUCUAAACAUUAGGUGCCCAACGUAUGCAUCCCUCCUGCAGAUCCGGGGCCUGGGGCCCGGCCCUGAGGCCUCCCUGUGACCAUGGCACCCACAGCCAAGUCUCGUGUCUUUUCCACGGGGAGGGCUUCCCGGGUCCAAACCGGAUAUGAUCUUCCGUCUGGAGCGAGGGGAGGAGCCCAGGAUGGAGGAGAGAGAAGCCCGGCGAGUUACCCGUCCAGACUCUAUCUUGGCCAUCUUUUCAUGUCACCACGUGAAUCUAUCUACCUUGUGCAUUUUGAAAUAGCAGCAUAAACUUUGAAACUUUUCUUUUUGAGUUUCCCAAUGUCAGUUCUAAAUAAUCAGCUUCCUUUGUCCUGAAACGGACGAUAUUCAUAUUUUCCAUUUCUUUCCGAUUUGGAGGCAAGCUCUGCAGCUACUCAGGAGAUGCUUCCGAAAAAGAGCGUUUCUGAAGAGGCAGCCUCCCCAGGGGGGAAAAUGGAGGGCAUUUUAAGGGCUGUGCUUGGAGAUGCCAAGUUGGGGGAAUCCUGGACGUGUGGCCGUCGACGGGAGGACCAGGGAAAACAGGUGAGGCCUGUGAGGGGUGCCUUUGCUGCCCCCAAGGAAAACAUCUGCGGGGAGAGAGGCCUCGGCCGGAACGAACUUGGGAGAAGCUUCUGGCGGACCUCAGGCUUCAUCAGGAAGCAGAGAGCGCCUGGGGGAGAGAGGCCCCAGAAUUGGAAUGGGCCAUGGAAGAGCCUGAAACGCCAAAGGACCUUCGUAGGAAAGAAUCCAUUUAACUGCACGGAGUGUGGGAAAGGCUUCAGUUACCACUCAGACUAUAUCCUACAGCAGAGGACUCACACCAGGGAGAAACCCUACAAGUGCGACAACUGCGGGAAGGCGUUCAGCAAGAGCUCGUACUUCAUCCAGCACCACAUCAUCCACACGGGGGAGAAGCCCUACGCGUGCAGGGAGUGCGGCAAGACCUUUACUCAGAGCUCGUCACUCACCGAGCAUCAGAGGAUCCACAUGGGAAAGAAACCGUACCGAUGCAAGGAAUGCGGGAAGGCCUUCACCCAGAGCUCCUCCCUCAUCAAACACCAGCGAUGCCACACGGGGGAGAAGCCCUACAGGUGCCACCAGUGUGGGAAGUUCUACUCGCAGGUGUCCCACUUCACCCGCCACCGGAAAAUCCACAUGGGCGAGAAGCCCUAUCGAUGUGGUGAGUGUGGGAAAGCUUUCUGCCACACUUCCUCCCUCACUCAGCACCAGACCACCCACACCGGGGAGAAACCCUACAAAUGUAAUGAGUGCAGGAAGACCUUCAGCCACAACUCAUCGCUCACACAGCAUCAGCGAGUUCACACUGGAGAAAAACCCUAUGAGUGCUCCGAGUGUGGCAAAGCCUUCAGCCAGAGCUCGUCCCUCACGCAGCAUCAGAGGAUUCACACGGGUGAGAAGCCCUAUGUGUGUAACACGUGUGGGAAGGCCUACACGCAGAUUUCCCACCUCAUGAGGCACCAGAGCGUUCACAUGGGCGAAAAGCCCUAUGUAUGUAAUGAGUGCGGAAAGGCCUUUGGUCAUACGUCAUCAUUUACGCAACACCAGACAAUUCGCACCAGCGAGAAGCCCUACAAAUGCAACGAGUGUGGGAAAACCUUCAGCCAGAACUCGUCGCUUACGCGCCACCAGAGGAUUCACAUCGGCAAGAAGCCCUAUAAGUGUCAAGUUUGCGGGAAGGCCUACAUCCAGAUUUCCCACCUCAUUCGACACCAGAGGAUUCACACCAGAGAGAAGCCGUACAGAUGCAGUGAGUGUGGGAAAGCCUUCAGCUGGAGCACCCACCUCGUCGAGCACCAGAAAGUCCACACGGGCGAGAAACCCUAUAAGUGUAAAGAGUGUGGGAAGACGGUCCGUCUCAGCUCGUCCCUCACUCAGCAUCAGAGAAUUCACACCGGCAAGAAGCCGUACGCCUGUGAGGAGGGUGGCAAAGCCUUCAACCAGAGUCUCCACCUUGUUCAGCAUCAGAGGGUUCACACCGGGGAGAAGCCCUAAAAAUGCAACAACUGUGGGAAUACCUGUACCCAGAUUUCAGACCUUAUUCAACACCAGAAAGUCCACACGGCUGGCAAAUGCUUGUUGGGGAGGAUUUCCACUGGGGUUCACACCUGGCUAAACAUCAGAGACUUCACACCGUGUACAAUGCCUGCAUCUGCAAUGAUUCUGAGCAACCCUCUGCCUGGAGCUCAGAGCUCGCUGAUCAUCAGAGAAUUCACGCUGACUAGAAGGCCUGGGACCAUAACAGACUUCCCGUGCCACUGCUGGGUUCAGGUCUGGCUUCAUUGGCACUAGUAACUUCCUCCCAGAGAGGAACCCUAACCUCGUAUAUUGAGAAAGUUGGUUUCUUUAUCUCCCAGAAGGAGGCCGGUGUGAUGUCUCACCAGCUGGGACAGCUUCUGCUCAUUUUAGGAGCUUCCUCCCUGUUUCUCAUCCUGACAUUGUCCCAAGAUAGCGGUACUUAGGGGUGAUCUAAAUGCGAUGCAACUUCAUCUGAGAUCUUUAAUAAGGCCUCUCUGAGCUUUUUAAAUGUAUUGAUCAUUCAUUAAAUUGGAGCCUGAAAAUUCAAGAAAAAAAAAACACAGCUGGGAAGAUUAACCCUUUGGAGAAACAGUCUCAAAUAUGUGUCCCUGAACACGACUGCUGGACGAUUUUAGUUUCCUUUAUGACUUGAAGCUACAAAUUUCAUGGCAGAAUCUGCAGUUGGCUUAAACACUGACUAUUUUUCACACAUUUACAGCCAUUUUUUAUGUCCUGUUGUCCCUGUCUUUUCCAUUUCCAGAAUUUGUGUUUUACAAAGCAGUUGCCCUAUUAUGCAUCAUUUUCUGAUUUUAUUUGUGCCCAAAGGGAGCACACAUAAUAAGACCUCAUAUUUUUUAAUGUAGCAUUUAUUUUUUAUUAUAAAAACAAUAUGCAUGUGUUUAUAACGGGAAAAAAAUUUUAAGUAAAAUAACGUGCUCGUUGCAAAGGAUAAUUUGGAAAGUGUAGAGAAGUAUGAACUAAAAUACUAAUUCCCCAUAAUCCCACAGCCCAGUCAUUUUUGGGUGUAUUUCUUUCUGGUUUUGUUUUACUCUGUAUUCCAUAUC